GCCCCGCCCCCUCGCCCUCCCGCCUGGCUCUCGGGCGGCCAACAUGGCGGCUCCCUGUGUGUCCUGCUACGCCGCACUUUCCUACCGACUCUUUCUCGGAGGUAGGGUUAGCCUCUCCCAGAAACAAGGCGUCUGGAAAGCCGCAGCUGCGGAGUUGCAGACAGGCACCGGAUCUCAGAUAUUAAGGCUAAGGCACACCACAGGUGUAUCAACGAAGAAAAAUGUUGCAGCCUUAAGACGUGAAACUUACACAGUGGAUUUUAUUAAAAAGCAGAUUGAAGAGUUCAACAUAGGAAAGAGACAUUUAGCCAACAUGAUGGGAGAAGAUCCAGAAACUUUUACGCAAGAGGAUAUUGACAAAGCUAUUGCUUACCUUUUUCCAAGUGGUUUGUUUGAGAAGCAAGCCAGGCCAAUAAUGAAGCAUCCUGAACAGAUUUUUCCAAAACAAAGAGCAAUCCAAUGGGGAGAAGAUGGCCGUCCAUUUCAUUUUCUCUUUUAUACUGGCAAACAGGCGUAUUAUUCAUUAAUGCAUGAAGCAUAUGGAAAGCUACUAGAAGUAGAAAAACGUCAGAAUCAGUUGCAAGCCAAAGGUCUAUUUUCAGAAAAAACUAAAACCAAAGACCUGAUUGACAGCAGAUGGCUGAUUAAGGAGGAACUAGAAGAAAUGUUAGUGGAAAAACUGUCAGAUCAAGAUUAUGCACAGUUUAUUCGGCUGCUAGAAAGGUUACUGACACUGCACUGCGGUUCUGAAGAAGAAUUUGUGCAGAGAUUUCGUAGGAGUGUAACUAUUCAAUCAAAAAAACAACUGAUUGAACCUGUGCAGUAUGACGAGCAAGGAAUGGCCUUCAGCACCAGCGAAGGUAAAAGAAAGAGUGCAAAAGCAGAAGCAAUUGUUUAUGGGCAUGGAAGUGGAAGAAUAAAAGUAAAUGGAAUUGACUAUCUUCUUUACUUCCCAGUGACACAAGACAGAGAACAGUUGAUGUUCCCCUUCCACUUCCUCGACCGGCUUGGAAAACAUGACACGACCUGUACUGUCUCAGGGGGCGGGCGGUCGUCGCAGGCUGGAGCCAUUCGCUUGGCAGUGGCAAGAGCCUUGUGCAGUUUCGUCACGGAGGAAGAGGUUGAGUGGAUGAGACAAGCUGGACUGCUGACUGCCGAUCCACGCGUCAAAGAACGGAAGAAGCCAGGCCAAGAGGGAGCCCGCAGAAAGUUUACCUGGAAGAAGCGCUGAGUGUUCUUUCACAGGCGAGGAGAGGAAACGCAGUGUAUAUGUACCUGGCAUGCAGAAGGCAUACAAUAAAUAUUUGCUGGCCAGUGUAAGGGCAGCACCAUCA